UUUUAGUAUUGAAACCCAAUUGUGGACCAAAUCAUGGACGAGACGACGAAAGAGAGUCAAAAUUGCGAUAAGUCUUCUGUUGUGCUCAAAGAGAAACAACAGGCGAUGAAAGAGCAGUCCGGGAACGGGAAUCCCGUCACCCCGAAGAUCAAGAUUCCCCGGUCCAGGAAUGAGAGCACCAGUAGUGACGAGAAUCUACACAACACAACCAUCACCGACGCGGACACAUCCAGUCCCGAUGGGAAGCGUCAGAAGCAUCCGCACACACCCGACAGCCCGCCCCUAACGCCCACCACACCGUUGGCCCAGUCUAUCGGCUCCGGUAUGUUUGGCUACGGUAUCACUCCAUCGCCGCCUCGAUUCGUAUCGCUCGAAGAGAUUAUGAAAGCGGCGAAUGGGGUCGAGAAUAUGGUUUUGGCGCAUGAGAUCGCCGUCGACAACAACUUCAAACUCGAAAAAGUGAAUCCACCGGACAAUAGUCUUGAGCAGAAAGUGAAGGAAGUGGUGCACAAAGCGUUUUGGGAUAUAUUGGAGUCACAGCUGAAUGAGUCGCCAACUAAUUACAAACAGGCGAUGGCUUUACUCAAAGAGAUCAAAGAGAACUUAUUGUCACUCCUUUUGCCACAACACACACGCCUUCAGCAGGAGAUCGAAGAGAUACUUGAUUUGGAUCUAAUCCUACAACAGGCCGAUAACGGGAUACUAGACUUUCAGCGGUACGCGCAGUACAUACUGUCCGUUUGCGCCCGACUCUGCGCUCCCGUCAGGGAUGAGAAGAUUCGUGAGUUGACCCAAACCGAUGAUGUCGUCCCACUCUUCAGAGGGAUUAUGGAACUGUUGGAUGUGAUGAAGUUAGAUAUGGCUAACUUUCAUAUACAACAGAUGCGACCACACAUUCAACUCAAAUCCAUUGAAUACGAGCGCAAAAAGUUUAAAGAGUUUCUCGACAGUCAAUCAAAGCUGUCAGCAGUCGAUGGACUCGAGUACACAAAGACAUGGCUUAAGAGGAACUACGAGUCGAUUGACGUGUCCAACGAAACCAAUUGCAAAAUCAUUACGAAUAAGAUUCUGGUGAACGCAUACUUAGAGCUAUUGGUUUGGGAUAAUGGC